AGAAACUGAACUGAAUAAUGGGCCUGUACCCAUAAUAAAACCUUACGCCCACAGACACAAUUAUUUCCGUUUGUAGCCACUUGUGACAGCUCACAGUCACAAGCAGUGCUUAAAAUCCCCUGAUUUUGGACAUCAGCACCUUCUCCGAAAAACACCCACACACACAUUGACACUUAUAUAAGCAUAAUAUCCAAGCGAUCAAGCCAGGAUCAUCCCAAAAUACAACAUCAAACUUCUCUCUCUUCUCAUCUCUCCCUCUCUCUCUCUCAAAUAAAAAUCGAAUGGCUCCUGCGAAAUUUACCGUGCUGUCUUUUUUGGUAACUUUGAUCUGUUUUGCGAGCCUCUCCGAAGGUAAUUUCUACCGAGAUGCGGAAAUAACAUGGGGUGAUGGCCGUGCCAAGAUACUCGAAGGCGGGCGUGGACUAUCUCUGUCGCUCGACCAAAACUCGGGUUCCGGAUUUCAAUCAAAGAAGGAGUAUUUGUUCGGAAGAUUUGAUAUGCAGCUCAAACUCGUACCUGGUAACUCUGCUGGCACUGUCACCACAUUCUUCUUGUCGUCUCAAGGCGAAGGACAUGACGAGAUAGACUUUGAGUUUCUGGGCAAUUCGAGCGGUGAGCCUUAUACGGUGCACACGAACGUGUACUCAAAGGGCAAAGGAGACAAGGAACAACAGUUUCACCUUUGGUUCGACCCUACUGCUGCAUUUCACACAUACUCCAUCGUCUGGAGUGCUCAGCGCAUAAUAUUCUUGGUGGACAACAGUCCGAUUAGAGUUUUCAACAACCACGAACGGAGUGGGGUACCUUUCCCCAACAGCAAGGCGAUGAGAGUGUACUGCAGUUUGUGGAAUGCAGACGAGUGGGCUACUCAAGGCGGCCGGGUCAAGACUGACUGGACAAAGGCUCCUUUUGUGGCCUAUUACAGAAAUUUCAAGAUCCAAGGCGGCCCACAAUUUCAGGCUCAGGAGCUUGAUGUUAAUGGAAGAAAGAGAUUGAGAUGGGUUCAGCAGAGGCACAUGGUCUACAACUAUUGUGCCGAUUAUCAGAGGUUUCCUCAAGGAACUUCUAUCGAGUGCAAGCGCUCGAGGUUCUAAGUUAUAAGCCACGCCAUGGAGAUCUUAGUUCUUCAAUAUUCAGUGAUGAGUAUUCGUUAUGGUUUUGUGAUUACAGAGUUGAUGUAUUCUUAUUUUUCCUUGCCAUUCUUUUAUUGUUUAAUUCAUUGUAAAGAUGUCACGAGAAUGAUAUUUUCGCAAUAAACCUUUUGAUUCAGAAGUCAUUUUCACACACUUUGGCAUGUUGCUUCAGAAAACUUUGAUAUGUGAAAAUAUACUAAAGGUAAAUAGUAACUCCGUCGAUAAUUCACCGAUGGUGUACACAUAUUU